AUGGGAGCAACUGACGUACUACCAUAUCCAAGAAGACGAUCUUCAAUCCAUCUAGAACCUAUGACCUUCCGUCUACCUGGAGAAGUAGAAGGACCAAGCUUUUCAUACGAAGGCACAAUGCAGCAACUAAGUCGUUUGUCAAUGGAGGAAAAACGCCAGAGCCUGACAUCCCUGCCUCCACGGUCGCCUCCAGUCCUUCAACCUCUUAGGGUUCUUCCAAAGCAUGCCCUGGCUCGAGAGCAGAGUCGUUCACAUUCAAGCGAGAAUUUCUUCCGUCCUCGUUCGCAAUCAGUUCAACCGAUGGCUGACACAAGCAUUAUAAGACGAACUUCUGGACCGGAACGACCGAUGCAGAGACCGAGAGAGGCGAGAAGACGGAUCGCUUCCGAUAAUGAAGAGAACACGGCUCAGUUUAUCGAAAAACUCCGAAAAGAACUCAUCUCACAAGUACAUCGUCCAUGCGAGUUGGAAAUAAUUCGCACUUCUACAUAA